CGACUGAAACACGCGACCCACGUCCAUCCGGUGUAGUGUGCGCGGCUUCCCUCCUUUCCCCUGUCACGCUCAAGCUCGUCCUGAAGGAACGGCCAAUCCUACCGGAUCGGAUAAUAGAGUCUCUCUCUCUCUCUUCACUCUUUUUUUUUGUCGCUCUUUCUCUCUCUCUCUCCCUUUGUCUCUCGUCGUGCUACUCGCGCCAGUUACUGAUAGUUCUUCUCGUUCCUAUAUAUUCCUGCGAUAGAUGCUUCGCGAUCCUUUCUGAGAUAGAGGAGAGGAUGGAGGAGAGGAUGUUUCGGGCGCAUGGAAGGAAGAUUAAGACCGCCGGAAAUUCGGAAUGUAAUAUCCGGCGGCCCUAGUUACACGUACGGUGUGUGCGUGCCAGUCGGCUUUUCUGCCUUCGAAGUCGGAGCAGCUUCGAUACAAGUCGGAGUAACGGAAGACACUCGCGAGAUUUUGGAUUCGAUCGGAGGAUCUGCUCAACGAAGAUCUCUAGGGUGUUCGCUGCCAAAACGCACCGACAAAUAGUACAAGAUUCGUUGCCAAAAUUCGCGCCACGUGACAACUAUCGGAGUCAUCGCUUCAGAUUUGCCCCUCUUGUAAAAGCUUCAGCAUGCGCUAACGAAGUCACGUCGUCGCAGCUUCGCCACUGAGAAUUGUUAGAUUUGCGAGGAAAGCGAAGAAAGUUGGCGGCGGAAGGACACAAUGAAGAGACUUGUCUUCAACGGGGCGAAGUGAUCUUCGAAGAAAAACGAGGAAGCGCAGAGGGAUUCGAAGCGUUGGAUCGGGCGAAUCGGGCCGGCGACGGGCCCGAUCGGUGUGAUGGUCUCGGGGUGGUGCCCGUGCGUGCCACUAGGGCGUCGGCAAUCACCGGCCCAGCAGCAACAGCAACAGCAGCAACAAUCGACGUCGUCGUCCAGGGCGCCGUUCACCGUCAGCGGCGCGACCGAUCGCGCGGAUAUGGUGCAGAUGUUCUACUACGAGAACCGCGGCAAGUGUUGUAAGAAGCUGCUCAGAUACAACGGAUAUCCGAAUAAGGUCCUUUUGUUCCCCGAGGAGGGCUGGGCGAGAAGCGCGAGUAGUUCCUACUGGACCCUGACGCCGUUCUGGUGGAGUCGGAGCCGGUGUAAAGUCGUGGAAGUCGCUGGAACAAGAAGGUAUAGUACUCAGGCGAAGAUGGUGGACACGGGUACGGGCACGCUUUAUAUUGUCGGCUCGUUCAAGAGGAUGACUACCGAUCCCGAUUUCAAGCUGUACCUGACGUCGAACGUCUCGUCGAGCGACUUCAACAUGGGCUACAGUAUGACGGGCACGUUGGAGCGCGGCUGCAAGAAGACCAACUCCUUCCAGAUGACCCACUUCGCGGUGAUACGGCGGCGGGACUACGAGAAGGCGUACGAGGACCCGAAUCCCACCUAG